GUUAGGUGGAUCAUCGAUCCAUGCAAUAUCAUUGACCAUUUUGCGUUAAGUGAUAAUAGAGUUGGUUGGGUAUGGCUUCCAUGAUUUCCUUGUUCAACAGACCUCCUCAACCUCAACUGCUUCAUGUGAAGCCUCAAGCUCCGGCGAAGAAAUGGAGGAUGGUGGUGGUUUCAGCAGGGCAGAACCCUAGGAAGAAAUUACUUGCAGAGGAGAUGAAAAUGGCGGCGAUGAAACUGCAUAAGAUAAAGCCGGGGGAGAAGGAGCCGGCCGGCAUGGCUAUUGCUAGCUGGGAGCCUACUCUUGAUGGCUACUUGAGAUUCUUGGCGGAUACUAAGCUGAUUUAUGAAGCUCUCGAGAAUAUUGUCGACCGUGCUGUCUUCCCUCAAUAUGCAGAAUUGAGGAAGACAGGGCUGGAGAGAUCAGAGAGAAUUGCAAAAGACAUGGAGUGGUUUGAGCAACAAGGGCAUCUCAUCCCACACCCAUCCUCUCUUGGAAUAAACUAUGCUGAAUACCUCAAUCAAUUGUCUGAAAAUGAACCGCACGCCUUCCUUUGCCAUUUCUACAUGACUUACUUUGGCCACACUGCCGGUGGUACGAUGAUUGGGAGAAAGGUGGAGGAGAAGAUUCUCAACGGCAAGGAAUUGGAGUUCUACAAAUAUGAAGGAGAUCUGCCCCAACUAUUGCAGAAUGUUCGAGAUAAGCUCAACACUCUUGGGGAAGGAUGGAGUCGGGAGGAGAAGGAUCGAUGCCUUGAAGAGUUUCAGAAUUCGUUCAACUUUGGGGGCGAUAUACUUCGUCUUGUGCUACUCCACUGAUCACUAUCAUGCAUGGAUAUGGGUUCACAUACAAACUCAUCUAAGUCGAUGCUCAGCAUUGAUUUCAUUUACAAUAAUGUUUCUCUUUUUUCCUGUUGAUUUGGGAAAAGGGAGAGCGGUGAGGUUUGAACCCUAAACGUAAGUGUUUACGGACUGAAGUAGGCAUUGCAUGAAUGUCUCCUUUAGGACAAAAUAAUAAUGUUUAUUUGCUGUAUUGCUUUUUAUUUCUAUGAUUAAUACAUUUAUGACAA